CGUCGGCGAUCGCGGACUUCUGGCUUGGUUUCGACCGGUGCUCAAGGCCCUUCUGCUCCAGCCAUAUCGACCAGCAAUGCGUUAGCGAUGCUCAAGCCACCUCCUGACGAUGCCAAACCUGGAAGCGAGGAUAUGCCAUGGUUGCGUCUGACUGAGUGGGAAAUGACGAAACUGCGGAAGAAGAUGAAGAAGAAUGCCGUUUGGCAACCCAGCGAGGUCAUGAUUCAUCGCGAGCUGGCCUUGCGCGGCCGCGGCUGGGAGGCUUACCGAGCGGCGAAAGCUCAGGCUGAGGCCACUGGUGCUGAAUUCUUGGACUGUGACGACAUCAUGAACACCGAAGCCACCGGCGACACUGAGGGCACAUUCGAGACUAAGCUUAGCAACCGUGGCAUGAAGCUGAAUGAGGCCAAGAAGCUUAAACGGGAGAACCAGGCCCGAGAGCAGGCGGCAGCUGCAGCCGCAGCCGCCGCCGCCGCAGCAGCACAAGAACAAACAGCCAAAGAUGGAGUCCAGCCAGGAGUGGCUCCCACUGAUGUACCCACAGCUAGUGUCCCAGAAGUUUCAGCUGUGAGCAAGCCCACUCGUGCAGGGAAAAAGAGGAAACUCGAAGAGGUGACACCCCCAGAGGUUCCCCCCAUUCCUUCAGCUCCCGUCCCCUCCACAUCUUCUGCCCCCUCUGCUUCCGCUGCCCCCUCUACGUCUGAUGGUCCCCCCACUGUUGAGCCCUCUGCACCCGACGGUCCCUCUCCUUCUGCACCCUCUGUUCCUACUACUGCCACCUCCGCUGCUUCCCCUGUUCCUACUGCCCCCGCUGUCUCCGCUGCUCCUACCGCGCCUGUGGAAAUUGAAACCCGUCCUUCGCUGCGAAGCGCGACUAAACGCCGCCGAACUAGCAAAGGAUCCCCCACACCCGUUGAUCCAAACAUCGCCAAUCCUGAAUUAUCUACAAAAGCAGCACCAGCUCCUACAGCUGUAGAAACCUCCGAGUCGCAGAAGCCUUCCUUACCGUCGUCUCCAACUGGAUCCAAGCGCGCUAUCGCACAACCUACGAUCUCAGCCGUAAAAGCGGCGACGCCAACCCCCCCGGUUACCCGCCCCCCCUCUCGCCGCUCGGCUGCUCUAUCAUUAGAGCCAACCACCAAUGCCAGCGUCGUUGCACCUUCUACUAAACGCGAGCUCCGUCAGAAAAGCGCCACACCUGCUCGGAAGACUCCUGUGCCAGAAACCGCUCGAGCUGCCAGUGUGAGUGCUCCCAACCGCAGGCGUAAACGCCCCGCUCCAGGUCCUGUAUCUUCAGGCCAAGACGGUGGUGCAGCGGUAAGCUACGGUCGCCGCAAAGCGAAGCCCGGGAAGAAGCGGAUUGGGACGCGUGAGGUUGGCCUGAAAGAUGGAACCCUGGCACGUGAGGACAUUCGAAUCGACGAGGAUGGAGUACUGGAAGAGAUCGACCCGAACGAACCACGGUAUUGUCUAUGUGGAGACGUGAGUUUCGGGACGAUGAUCUGCUGUGAAAAUCAAGAGUGCGACCGAGAAUGGUUUCAUCUUGACUGUGUCGGGCUGUCUGAGGUACCAAGUCGCACGGCGAAGUGGUACUGUCCGGAUUGUCGGGUUAAGUUUAACAAGGGUGCAGACGGAAUUGUCAAGAACAAUCCGCGGAGAUAA